AGCUGACGACAUUAACAGUCGACGAAACACUUGUGACUGGGGCUGCCGUUCUCAGCAACACCAGAGACUAAACAGAGAUGGCUACCCAGAGGAACUUUCCCGUGGCGAACAUGUCCUUUCUGCUUUUAUGUGCGCUGGUUUCUGUGUGUGUCCUGACUGAAGCUUCGCCCGAAAACACAAAAACAGUGGAGUUUAACGUGACACCUGGAGGAGUUGUACAUUCUUUCACCGAGCGGAUUAGGGAGUAUGAGUGCACCUUCACAUAUGCGUCACAAGGGGGCACCAAUGAGCAAUGGCUGAUGAGUGUGGGUCUGAGUGACGAUGACAGGCUGUUUUCUUGCUCAGUGUGGAGACCUCAGGGGAAAUCAUACCUGUUUUUCACUCAGUUCAAAGCUGAGCUGAAGGGGACCAAAAUCGAAUAUGCAAACGCAUACUCUCAGACUGCAGCAGGAGGACAGAGUGAUGUACCUUUGAAACCAGAGGAAUUUAAUGUUGGAGAAUCAACAGUGACCCACAACGAAGGAAAAUUCAGUGCUCAGCUUUCCAAACUGACCGUCAUUGGACAGACGCGACACGAUGAACUGUGAUUGGCCAGAAGUCUUUGGGCUUCAGCCAAUCACAGCACCCCUUUGAACUGUGUGCUUCUGCUUUUCAAUCGACAAAGAAUGGAUUUCUUUCUUGAGUCACAACCGAAACUGUUGACUUCUGAGUCAGGAGUUGUUUUAUUUCUUUUGUCAUUUCUACCAGAAAUAAGAAACAACACGAUCAAGCUUCCAGAUUUUAGUUACUAAUAAAAAAAAGAAAGUUGUUUUUUUGUGAAAUAAUUCAUGUCUGAUGUGAGGUUUGUGUAUCUGACUUCUGAUAUCUGAUUUAGAGGUUGUGUGCUCAGUGUAGAUGACACUUUUAAACUAGCAAGAAGAUUUAUGCAUCUUCUGUAAUCCUAAAAGGAAAGUGAGUAAUCUGCAAUAUCAUUGAGACACACACACACACACACACACACACACACACACGUGCGCGCGCGUUUCUGGUUUCAUUCUGAUCUGUGAUGCUGUUGGAAACAAACACAUCCCAGCUGACCUUACCCUUUAUCUCUGUCUGGCCUGGAUAACUAAGCAUCACAUCUGAUUCCCUUCAAACACCACUUGUGAUCAGUGUUUGUCUUAUCCAUGGUUUAUUUUGUAAUUUUUAUCCACAUUAUGUUUAUAAAAGAACAUAAACUUUAGUUAAAUCUAUAAAAUGAGGCCAUGUUCAGACACAAGGCAGAGAGAUGCCAGCACAUACUCCUGAGGCCCUCUUGAACCCGUCUCUUUCAUCUCUCCAUGCCACAUGUGGGGAUCAGUGAGAAUAUGGUGCAGGUUUCAGAAGUGCUUCAUUAUCACACACACACCCCUUCCCCUCUUAUGCUACUGCUGCUUUAUCUCCUACUCAAACAACACAAGUGUCCGAGGAUCCAGCUCAGAUUUGAAGAUUCUGCAGAUUUAAAUCUUGGGGUACCUUUUGGUGUCUCAUCUCUCUCAAGCUGAUCCUCUGGAUUUGAGGAAAUUCUCAGCUGGCUCAUCGGUCCCCCCCCCUCUCGCCAUCCAGACUCGCUGAGGGGCCAGAACAGGAAAUGAUCACACCCUGACCUGCCUUGGAGAAAGAAAACAUGUUAUGUUACUCAUUUCUGUUUUUUCCUACUUGUUGAUCUGAUUGGUGAUGAAACGUGUUUUCAUUAAAAGACACGUUGUCAAUGCGGUGGAGAUAA